CUCUCCGCGUGCAGGAACAUCCCUCCUCUCUCGGUUGUCACGUUCCAAUCACGAAGCGGACGGGGCAUUUCCGCUCUUGAGAGCAACCACCUUGGCUGUUUGCGCGGCGUCCGAUGAGUUCCCGCUCUAACGACCUGAGCUUGUUCGACGCCUGUUACUGUUCGGUCUCCCAUUCUAACUUCCCUCAAGGCCCUGGACGCAGCAUUUCUGUCCUUCCGCAAUUCCCUGUUUCUCUGCUCUAGUGGCUUUUGCCCUAACCGGUCCCAAUUCGAUUCGUCCCGGUUUGCUCGCCCUACCUAAGGCCGCGCCAGCAGUGUGGCGGCCUAACUUUCUUAUUCUAGAGUCACAGCACGUUGUUUCAAUCGGCAGUCCACGCUCAAUCUCAUCAGACAUCUUGCUUUCGUGGAACCAGGCUGGUCUAUUAAGUCGACGUUCAUCCGAGAAGUUGGCGUGGUAUCCUUCCAAGCGCCUCACUGCGUAGGCCAGAGACUCCCUUCUGUUCUCACCGCGGAUUCGACGGCAACACCCUUUCUGUUAGUUGAAUGCCUUCACCGACCACAGACGCGUGUGUCUUUUCUUCACCUUACUCAAGAACAUCGGCGGUUCCAUUCUUGGCUGGCCGGUUUCCUGAAAAGUCGUUGCCUCCCGCCGCUUGUUGUCCCGUGUCGACUCCACAAAGAGGAGAGUCUGCCUUUUCAGAGAUACAGUUCCAGCAGACUUUGAGGCCUCUGUCGUUUCCACCGGGCGACGUAGCAGGUUAGCCGCUCUGAGAUCCACACCACUUUCCUCGUGGAGAUGCGCUGCAUUUCCUUUCGGUUCCCGUGAUGCGGGACUUGUCCGUGCCUCCGUUUCUCGUUUCGUCUAGUGUUUGUUUUCUGGGCAUCGCUGCUUCUCUUCGCUGCGGAGUGCCCCUUCGACCAGCUGCUUCAACAGUUUCCCCAGUCGUGCUUCAUUCAUUUCCUGUUUCGUCGAGGAAGGAAGGAGAGCAGCUGCAAGAACCGUCUCGGAGAAGACGAGGUCGGAGCAAGACACUGCAUGCGAGGGGAAACUCCAAGGGCGUAUCAGGACUUGGCAAAGAAGGGGGACGUUGAGUUCAGGUUUCAGAGGAAAAUCCGAGAUCGACCUGGAAACAAACUCGACACCAUGACGCCGAUUCGGCUCAACGUCUACCGGCUUACAGGCACCUUGUCGGUUCCCCCUCUCUGCGGGUGCUGUGCUGCGUAUCACACAGGCGUCCAGAUCGAUGCAUGCGAAUAUACGUUUGCUCAAGGCGCGGGAGUAGUUGUCUCUGACUUCGACCCCGUGCUCAACGGACCGCAUGCGCGGGUGUCUCUGUCUGGCGAAGCUUCCGGCGUCGACGAGGAGGAGGACGCUGUGUUCGUCUACUCGCUGGACAUGGGAGUCUCGCCGUUGAACCGCGCCCAGAUCGCGGCGGAGAUCGAAACGCUUCGGAGGGAAUUCGCCGGAGAAAACUACCACAUCCUCGAGAGAAACUGCAACCAUUUCUGCGACGAACUCUGCAAGCGCCUUGUCGGAAAAAGAAUUCCCUCGUACCUCAACCGAGCUGCCUGGUUAGGCAGGUGGAUCAGCUGCCUCUUUCCGCCAGGCUCGCUGUUGGGGCCGCGCCUCCCAGAGGCAGUGGAGCCCAGAGGAACGAGCCUGCAGCUCUUCGAAGGCUCUGGCCAGCGACUCGGCAGAGAGAGCUGGACCGCUUCUUCUCAAGGCCUCCUCUCCUGUCCCCUCCCUCCACCCCAAAUGUUCUCAGGCGUCCUGCGCCGCCUCUCCGAGCAGCGGUCAGGGGAAGAAGACGAUCGUUUCCCUCAACCAAAUUCACAAACAAUCUUCCUCCCCGCGGACGACGCCGCUGCCCUCGAGUUCUCCCGGGCGCUCCUCGCAGAUGCAGCGAAGGCACGACUGGAAAGACAGAAGGGAAGGUAACCCAGGAGAGACGCUCGUGGACGCGAAACGGCUCAAGGGAGACAAAGAAAACGAAUGCAGUUGAGAUGAGUAAACGCAAAAAGCUGCAGCAAACAGGAAGAGGGGGAGACGCAGUGGGAGAGGAGGGAGAAAGAGAAGCGGAGAGAAGAGAAGAAGAAAGAGCAAUGGAGGAGUCGGCAGAGAGGCAGAAGGAAUCAGAGAGGGGAGAAUGAAUAGACCUAGAGUUAGAGAGAGGGAAAAACAGAGGGCGACCUCUCAGACGGAUAGCAGGGGCGAGGGAGACGCGAGGCGGAAGACAACGGCAAGACACACAGAGAGAGGAGAAGUAGGAAAGGUGCUAGCGAGGAAGGGGGAACGGUGAAGCAAGAAUGACAGCGAAACACAAUGAGAUGAAGAGGACUACGCGAAAAAAAUGUGUAGAGAGCAUGAGCGGAAGACGCGCCGAGAAAGCCAUAGGAGUGAGAGGCCUUUUAUCUUCUGUGGCUUGCUCGAAGGCAUGGUGUACGCCCACCUACUUCCCAACUCACUGAAAAGAUCGGAAAGACGGUUGUUGCUGUAGCGAGAGAGUGUUCACUUUCACCUCGUUUUCGGUUUCCGGAUUGUCUGCUCCAAAGUCGAACCCAACAGAACGCUCGACAUCAAAGCAAUGCAGCUG